GACAACGUGCGGGAUGUACACAGCGAUGUUGUGGUGACUCGUGGCCCGGACAAUAUGAGACGUUCCCCGGCGACCAGCACGAAGUCAGCCGCCCGUUGCUCGGGAUAUAGGAGAAAGCUUCCCAGCCAUUGGCAUCGAGUGGAGGAGCUGAGGGAGACUUGUGAGGAGCCCGCACGCCCCAUGUAAAGAGUUAACCCACAAGCAGGACUUGAAAAAAAAUAUCCACUUGUAUUUGAAAUGGCUGGAAAAAGACACUUUGGCAGCAUGGAUCAUGUGAUGCACAAUAAGUUAGCCCGUUUGGAGUUGGCUUCACAGCGUUCUGCAGCUUGUUUUGGGCUUGCAUCUGCACAGGAUUUGCAGACAUGUCAGAACUUCAUGGCCUAUUCUAUGCCUAAUACUGAUGGCCAUGGAUCAUUUAAUCCCUGGAGCACUACAGCUGCAUAUAUGCAAUAUACAGACAGUGUACAAAAUGAGCAUCUGCAAACUAGGGAAGCAUCAGUGAAGCAUCAAAGACCACAUGUCGAACGACCGCAUAAUCCAUUGCAGCUGUCAGAUAAUUCAAGUAAUCAGGUUCCAGUUCAUCACAGUUCCCCAGUACGUGGUUACCAUAUGGCAUGUCCACGUGCAUGCCCUUCAAUUGCAAUGCCCAGGCCUGUUUACAGGAGUCAAAGUAAUUUUAUGGAUGCAGCAUAUGGUACAAGAGGUUUUCAAUCUCUGUCUUCUCAACCCCUAUGUCCACCUGCUGUGGAAUGGACUUCUGCAAGAUUUGCCCAACCAUCUUCUCCAUUACAUGACUCUGGGACAAAAAAACAUUUCUCCACCCCAACCACUUACCCUGAGGUAGCUGGGAGCCCAUCGUCCAUGUCUCAGGGCUUACAGGAGCAAAACUAUGUUUAUAGACACAGAGCUGAUACAAGUCGUUCAGUAGGUGUUUCUUCAGCAUAUCCCCAAAAAGACAUUUUCACAGAUGCCCAUCACUCUGUCGCUCAACAAAAUGUCCAUCUUCUGUACGCUGAAAGCAAUGUACCUUUAGGACGACAAAGAAGUUCUGCCUUCACCACGCCCUCUCCAAAACAUAGUAAUAAUAAACCUAGUGCCUACCAAGGUAGCCUUGACCAUCGACUGGGCAAUUCAUAUUCAAAGAAUUUUAACAGUAAUGCAACAGACAGUAUCCAUCAUAGAUCCACAGAAUUAUCUUGCAGUACAGACUUGAGAGAAUCACCACAAAGUUUAAGGGGGAGUUCAAUUUAUCCACAGCGAGAGAAUCGUAUGCACUCCGGCUAUGUGAAUUCAGAGCUAAGAUCUCAAACACCUCACCAUGAUAGAACUCUACAACCAAGUGAGAGACCUUUCCAAGGAAACCCAAGUACACACAAGACAAUUACAGAUAUCCCAGUGUGCUCUGGUCAGAUGAAUAGAUAUGUAUGUGUGAUGUCUAGCAGAGCAGACAAGCCACAGUUUGACUCAUCCCCAACAAAUAGGAGUUUGCAAGAAAGGUCUGCCUAUCAAGAACAGAGUGCACAUGCCAGUUUUGAUCAACAGGGUAGCAGUUCUAGUGCAACCCCAAUUGUCUCCAGUCAUGAAUUUAUUUCUGGCCAUCAUGCCAGUAGGCAUUCAAUUGCGUUAGAAACCUCUUCACUGUAUAGCUCAAUCCACGCUUUUGAAGACCGUCGGGUUACAGGCACUCAAACAGUAGAAAACACUACAGAAAGUCAUAGCAGUGUAUCAAAUGUACAUCUCAAACAUGCAGAAUCAACUGUACCUAGACCCUCUGUAUCCAGAGUUGACAGCCAAUAUCAAAUGAAUCAUAACAAUGUGAGAUCAAGAUAUGAUGCAGCUACAUUAUUGCCCCCAAACUGUGAACUUUCAGGUAGCAAUAUGGUUGAUAUUGCUGACCCGAAAUCUGCAUCUAUCAGUGAGGAUGUGUGUUUUGAUAAUCCAAAAUCCCCACCAAUGCCAGUUAUUAAUGAUGUGUUUAGCCUUGCCCCGUACCGUGCUUAUUUGGAAGGAAAAGCACCACAUCCUUUUGCUACCAAUCAGGAAUCUGAAGUGGAAAACAUAGCUUUUGCCUCAGCUUUCUUAGAGGCUCCACUUACUGAAGGCAGGACAGAAAAACUUGAAGGAAAUUCUGGUAUUGCUAGCGUAGUCAAUGAUGAAAAUGUUGAAAAAAAUCGAAAUAAAGAGACUGUGCAAACUGGUGAAGAUGUAGUCUCUAUGCAAAAUACAGAUGUGGAAUUUGGUGUUCUAGACCUAAGUUUGAAAAAGUUACCUCAAACUGGUUCCUCUUCUUGUGGCCAGCCUGAUUCUUCUUGCCAGGACAAGGGUACUCUGCACACUAUUGCUGCAGAAAAUUGCCUGGGUAAAGCUGAAAAACAGAUACAGGGUACAGAGAGUAAAAUGUUUUCAGACACUAGUCAAAUGUACACCUUUGAUCAGAAAAGCUUUUCCUCUCAAGCAUCUAGCAAAAUGCUUGAGUCAAGUGAAAAUAAUUGCUCACCUGUCUCCUAUGACAGACUGUCCUCGGGCCAAGAGAAAAGACUGUCAAGUGAAAAGUUAAUCUGCCAGAGGCAGAAAAAUAUUUCUCAGUCCCCAAAGACCUUUUCUUGGCAGGUUCAGGAAUAUUGCCAGUCUGUAGCUACAGAAACGCAAAAGAACAAUGCACAGGAAAACUCCAUGUCUUUGGCCCACAAAAGAUCGUCCAAUCGAAAUCAGGAAGUUGGCCAUCCCCAAGAUACUAAGAGAUUGCCCAGUCAGAAUCAAAACAAUCCCCCAUCUCAGAUGACUGAAUGCUUAACACACCAACUUGAGAAGAAUCACCUCUCUCAAGUCUUUAAGAGCAGUUCCCAUAACAUUCAGGGCAGUGGUAAAUCGCAUUCCAACAAAGGUCUGCCCCACCAACCUCAGGAUAAAUGUUCUUCUAAAAACUUUCGACAACAAGACCUUUCAAGUCAGACCUUACAGACUUUACCUGCUCAUACUUUAGUACAACAUCCCAGUCACUCAAAUUUUUCAGUCUUUGUGAAUACUAUGCAAACUCAAACCACCAUUGUGCCUGUUAUGCUUGCUUCUCCUACUAUUUACUUCACUAAUAGUAUAGCACUGCAUACCUCCCAACCACCAUCUAUAAAGAGACCUGUGCAAAAUUCAAGGAAACCCCUUGAAUCAAGCCAAUCAUUGUCUUCACCCUCGGGUUCAGAAAAUGAAAGUAACGGAUUUCACAGUUCAAAAUCAUUCAUGUUUCGGAAGUACAAAAUGAAGAAGUUAUCUUCGUCUGAGGAGGAGCCCUGUAGGGCCAGUACUGACUCUGUUUCCCAAAAUGUGUCUAAUCCAUUUCCAUCUGAUACAGUGCAGUCUCUGCCUCCUAGUGCUCCUGAAUCCUCUCCAGCUCUAGGGGAAGCUAAUGUGUCUUUGGCAAGUGUAAAUGAACCUUCUCGAAGUAGUUCUGGUCACCAGUUCUCUGAACUUCACCGCUCUGUGCACAGAGCUAUCACUAGUUCUGUUGCUAGAUCUCAUUUCAGCUUGCUUGAGGACUGGCUAUCAAAAACCAAGGAGGAAGAGAUGAGCAAGAUGCCAGGGAAGAAUAAGAAUAAUUUUAGAUCAAAUGAUCCAUCCUCAGAUUUGCCCGGAGAAGACAUAUGGCUUGCUUUUGAUGGGGUUCGUUUACGUCUUCAUAAGCUGCUAUCCCAGUUGGAAACUUUCAUGUUUACUCGGAAAUGCCCUUUUCCUCAUGUCAUACGAGCAGGUGCAAUCUUUAUUCCUAUCCAUCUAGUUAAGGAAGUCUUGUUUCCAGAGUUGCCGGGUCCUGCUGUUGAUAGAGUUUUGCAGAAGCACAAAGUAGAACUGCGGCCCACUACUUUAUCUGAAGAAAAACUCCUCAGAGAGACCAAGCUGAAAGACUGCCCUUCCCGCAUGUUAAAACUACUUGCCCUUAAACAGCUUCCUGACAUUUAUCCAGACUUGCUGUGUCAUUUUUGCAGACACACAAUACAGCAGGAGCUUGGUUCCCGCACACAGUCUGGGCUGCAUACACUCAACUUCAUUGGCCUUGACUGUGUGAAAUAGGAACAACUGAGGAAUGACAUAACCCAGAAAUCUAAGAAAACAGGCUCCAGAAUUGAUUAAGGACAUCUUUUAUUUGGAUCAACCAUAUAAAACUAGGCAUACUGCCUAGUAGGGUCAAUCCUGCUCAUUAAAACAAUACUUCUUGUUAAAAUCCGUGGCCCUGUUUAUGCAAAAUAUAAUAUGCUGUUUUUAUCAAUUAUGCUAAUGAGAGCUUCAGUUUACUGAGGGGUGGGUUCUAGCCCCUGAGAGCACCUCAACUACUCCACUCUCCACCCUUAGACACUGCCCCUAUUAUUUGACUGGCACGGGCAGGCAUGGUCACAGUCCUCUUGUCUGGCCCUGUAUACCCUUGAAUGUGCCUAUGCAUAGUCAGUCAGCCCAUGUGCAGUACAUUUCUUGGCUUUCCCAGAUGCUGAAAUGCAAACUACAUACCCCACACAUACACCAGCUGAAGAUUAAGCAAUUCAUGUGUGGCAUUACAGCACCUGGCCCGGUCAGUCAAGGGCAGGAGGAUUGGCUAAGGGUGGAAAGUUGAGGAGCUGAGGUGCUCCAAGUGGCUCCCCCCACUCCAACAGACCCCUAAAGGGAAGCAUUCUUACUUACUCCUUGCUGCUCUAUUCUGGCUACUUCUGUUUGCGCCACUCCGGUGCCUGCUUGACAAUGUCGGGUAUGAAUGGGAGUCGCAUGUGCCGCUGCAGCAGCAUACGUGACCCCAUCCAUCUUGGAUGUUGAUAAGUAUGGACUGGGAGCCACAAACAAAGAGCCAGAACCAGACAGCGGAUAGCAGGUAAGUGCUUCCCUCCAAAGGUCUCUGUUGAAAGGUGGAAAACCCCUGUAGCAUAGCAAGACAUUCUGAUAUGUUCCAAUUUUGUGGGAACAGGUUGGUGAAGGGCCCUUUUCUGUUCCAGCUUGACUGUGCCCCAAUGCACAAAGCAAGGUCCUUAAAGGCGCAGUUGGGGGAGUAAAGACAUAGUUGGAUGAGUUUGGUGUGGAAGAACUUGACAAGCCUGCACAGAGCCCUGACCUCAAUCUCUCCUCAAACACCUUUGGGAUGAACUAAAACAAGAUUGUGACCCAAGUGCUCAUCUAACGUCUGUCUGACCCCACAAAUGCUCCUCUGGACGAAUGGUUCACACAGCUGCACUCUGGAAUCUUGCAGAAAGCCUUCCCAGAAGAUUGGAAACUGUUUUAGCUGAAAAUAGGGCACCGACUCCAUAUUAAUGUAUAUGGAUUGAGAAUGGGAUGUUAGAAAAGCUGUAGGUGUAAUGUGUAGGUUUUCCACAACUUUUAUCCAUAUAGUGUAUGUUGUCUAGAAUAUCAUGUCUUCAGUCAUUUUGACUAAUUGAUCUGAGGAUGUUGAUUACUGGCUGUCUGCCUACAUAGGGAGAAACUAGGAGGCACACUUUAUAUUACAUACAUGCAUUAUAUACAACUAUUGUUGGAUUCACUUUAAAAAGAACCAUAAAUCUUCUCUAGGCACAGUACAUCCUGAGUCACCUAAGUGGGACUGCUCACAGGGUCCAUUCACUUUUCUUUUUAUAAAGUGGGUGAUGAAUUAAAUCUUACCAAAUGUGCACAUUUACAAACAAAACAGAAGAUGUAGGUGGGGUGAAAUGAAUUCUCCUGCUAUAUACUUAUGACCCUUCCCCCAAAGGUAAUCUAGUGUAGUUGUAUUUCACCUGUAUGAAAUGAAUGAAAACGUCCAUUGCGUUCAGUGGGUCCUUUUUGCUACUUUAUAGACUAACAUCUUGAGAAGCCGACAUAUCUGAUUCUUUGGUUGUCCCUACUUAAUAUGAAGUUUAAAAGUCUUUUUAGAUGUAACUAAGGACAGCAGAUCCUAUUCUGUCCUACUUUUAUUUUUUAUAUUUUUUAUUUUUUUUAACCGAAUUGAAAAGCAGGGUUGACUUUGCUUUUCAGUACAGCGGCAUCUUGAAAAAACAGUAACAAUAUACGUCAUGCCCUUUCAAGCUCUGAAAGCUUACUUGACAAGGUAUGAAGUAGAAGCUCAUUCCUCUCUAUACCAAGUUAAAAGCAGAGCCAAACUAUUUUUGCACAUUGAAGUGCGUUGCUUUCCUCUUCUACCGUAUUCCUACAUGUACCCUGAGCAUUUAAUACAUUUUAACUAUAGAUACCAGGCUUGCUGUACUGAAGAAAUGUACGUGCUCUUUUUUUUUUUAAAUGUAUUUACCCCUGCUAUCAUCCUUAGCUGGGGCCACCCACCUCCCUCUACCCAAUGAUGAGGGUGGUCAGAAACGCCACAGUGCGAUCUCAUUAUACAGCUUCACAUUCUCUCUUGGAAACUAUAAAUAUUUUGCCAUAAUUCUUAAAUCGAAGGAAAACAUUUUUCUCGCCCAUAUUUCUGGCCACCAGUUGAAAAAUAGCAUUUGGCACAGUAGUAUUUUGGUCAGUAUUGCAUAUCAAUAUCUGAAAGACCGAACCAAGAGUGGAAUAAUGAAAAUUGGUCUUGGCUUACCAAUACUGAUGCAAAGUACUGCUGCAACAAUGAGACCCAAGUAUCUGAGUUUCACAGAUGGUCAUUAGAUAUAAUAGAACACGUGGACUUGCAGACGUUCAUUCAAUAAAUUCUUCAGCUUUUAAUACAGAAUGUCCUUGCCUGUAUAUUACUAUAUAUCUCUUACCAUUCAGCCUUUUGUCCUUUUGAUGGGGUUGUCUAGGUUCCAGUAUUUAGAGGGAACCUGUCACCAUGAAAAUACAAAGAAAGCUAUAGGCAGCAGGAGCUGAACAGACUGAUAUUUAUUUUUGUGGGAAAAGUAAAACUUGAUUUUAUUAAUUUAAAAUUCAGCUCAUUCUGGGGUUUGAAGUAAAAAAGGCUGUCCUGUUGGUGAUUGACAGCUAUCUCUGUAUACACAGUCAUAGAGGGAUGGCUGUCAAUCACUGCUAGGACCGUCUCCUUGACUUCAAAGCCUAAAAUGAGCAGGAAAUUAAAUGUAUAUAAAAUUAUCCCAUAAAACUAUAUAUCAAUUUGCUCAGCUCCUUCUGCUCUAUAAACAUGCUGCCUGUAGCUCAGAUACCAUGAUCAAUGUGACAGGAUCCCUUUAAAGGUGUUAUCCAAUAGUACAAAUACCCCCUUCCCCCAAUGCCCGGGCUCUCUUAUAGACGAUUCACACUGGCUUUAGGCUUGUCCGGCUGGCUCUUCCGGCAUGGGAUCCCAAUAUCAGUCCGUGACGGAGACCAGCCUUCGUAGCAUUGUGGGUGACUGUUGCGGGCUGCUAUUGGGUGUUCAAUCAUCCCCCGCCCGCCCCCUCAUGACUGUUGGUUUGAUCAUUUGUCUGCACUCAGUGUGCAUAUUGUCAGCAGGGGCAAAUGUGAGUGUUUUUUUUUUUUUGCUUGCAUAAAAGAUCCAGUCACCUGACAGUUUGCACGUUUCUUGACUGAACUCUUGUCUCUUUAUAAACAAUUGUUCAGCCGAUCAUUUUAAAGGGGUCUGAGGGAGAAGACCAUGCCAUUGCUGCUGCCUAUCCCUGCACCCAUUGUUAUCCACAUUUUCAUCCUUUUACAUUCUCUUUACUUCAGAUGCACAGUUGUCCUUUUAUUAUAGCAUGCAAUAAUAUAAUUUUCAUAUACUGUAUUCCUUUUAUUUUUAUUUUUUUGCUGACUAACUUUUGAUAUAUUUUCACAGGUAAACGGUCACGAAGUCUAGAAAAAGAGGAGCUCAAAUUAUCUGAUUCGUCAAAGAAGGAACCACUCGGUGCCUCCCCCAGGAAAUUUAAAAGUGCCUUAAUUCUAAAGCUGCAGAGAGUUCGGAAACACUCCGGCAUCCA